AUGACUUCCCGUGUCACAGUUCAACAGGUUAUGGGCCGCACUUCGGCUUAUAUUAAUCUUACUUCCUCUGAAAAACUCACUCCUCUCAACUAUCAUGUCUGGGCUACCAAAAUUCUUUUGGGUCUUCGUGCUAUGAAUAAUGGUGUCCACCUUUAUGUCGAAGCUGGUACUGUCAAUCCAGCUGCCAAUGAAUCCCUCGAAGACCUCACCGCCUCGCUUGAUACCGUCGUCCAUGAUGUCAUCCUCAACAAUAUUUCUCCUGAGUUGAUCGAACAUGUUAAUGAUGUGGCCAUUAGAGGCCGUGACCUCUGGCUUUAUCUUCAUCAGGAGUAUAGUCAACUUCAACCCGCCGAUGUCAUCUCACUUAUGAAAUCCCUCUAUGCUGGCAAUAUUGAUGUUGGUCCAAAGUUUGUUUCUUCUGUUCGUUCAUAUGUUGCUACAUGGCGUUCCAUCUACCAAUCAUUGUCGCCUGAUUCGGUUGUGGCCUUCAACGCUUUGGCCUCAAUGGGUCCCAAUUGUGAGCGCUUCAUCCAGUACGCCUUGGAGCACCGCUUUGAUAGUAACAACAAUACUGACAACCUUGAUAUCAACAACUUCAUCCGGAACACUGAUAAAUGGGCCAAGUUGUUGAAGAUUACUGGACCUCCAGCUACUCUUUCGACUGAAGCGCUGCUCGCCAAGAUAAUAAGGAUGACAAAGGAAUCUAAGGAGGCUAAAACCUCAAGAGGUUGGUUUGCUGAGACUAUUGAUGAAUUUUCUGAGAUAGUUGAUGAUGAUCCAUUUGUGAGUUCCGCUUUUGUGUCCGAGACAUCUGUUGUUUCUGAAAAGUUUGGUAACAGUUGCUCCGAGUCGUUUGAUGAUUUGGAAUCCGAACUUUUUGAUUCUUCUGAGCCGUGUGUCGGCGAUGAAGAUUGUUUUGUUGGUCAAGUUUCUGAGUAUUGUUCAAACUCAGGACUUGAUAUUGAUUCAGUUGGUAAACCGUUUGUUGGUUCCACUGAUGAUUCUUGUUUUAUUUCUGAACCGUAUGUCGGUUCUACUGUUGUUUGUUUGGAGUCUGAACCGUGUGUCAGUUCAGCUCCUAUUUGUUUUGAUUCUGAAUCGUUGGUCGAUUCGGAUAUUGUUCCUUUUGAUUCUGAACCGUUGGUCGGUUCUUCUUUUAUUUCUUGUUCUGAUUCUAAACCGUUGGUCGGUUCUGAUGAUGAUAUUGUCUUACCUUCUUUUGAUUUUUUGGUGGAUUCAAUUACUGAACCUUCUCCACCUAAUGUUAAACCUAUUGUUACACCAAAAUCCCGUUUUUCUCCAUUCUUUUACUUAUCUUUUGUUACCAUCAUGUUGUUUUCCUUGAUUUUAAUUGUCGUCUGGCAUCCUUCUUCAAUCUUGGAUUUAAGUCAUUCAGUACAUCACGUUUUUGUUGCUGAAUCUACUACUUCUGCUGAGGCCAACUUAGUUGUUGGGUCUGAUUCUUUUGACUUUAUCCAUGAUACUGGUGCUACCAGUCACAUUUGCAAUAACAUCUCAUAUUUUUCUUCUCUUCGUCCCACUUCGGCUACCAUUCGUGGUCUUGGUUCUGCUACUGCUGAGGGGGUUGGCGACAUUGUCGUUGAUCUUCUUGGUAAAGAUGACCAGCCUUGUGACCGCGUUGUUCUUCGAGAUGUUUUAUAUGUUCCUAAGAUUCCUCGCAAUUUAUUUGCUGCUCGUCGAGCUACUGCUGGUGGUUGUAGGUUCAUUCAAGACCUUAACCAUAUUUCUGCUGUCGAAAAUGGCAAAACUCGAGUCCACGCCAUUGCCAUGGGUGACUUGUACUUUUGUCGUUUCCGAGUUGUUUUGCCUUCCAAGCCAGUCCAUGAGGUGUUUGCUGUUGAGUCGUCUGCCAAUCUUUGGCACAAGCGACUUGGUCACGCCAGUGUGGACGUUCUCAAGAAAUUAUCUAAGUCACUUUCUGUCAAGCCUACUCAUUUUGAGGUUGUGGAUAGUCAUAAGUGUGACGCUUGCUUGGGUGGCAAAGCCACAGCAUUGCCAUUUAAUGGUACCACAGAAAAAGCUAGUCGUCCUUUGGAAUUAUUUGUUUCUGAUUUGAGCGGUCCUCAUGUCGCUACCCCUGUGGGUCAUCGUUAUGUCUUAACCAUUAUGGAUUAUUAUUCCAGGUACUCUUAUGUGGAGUUGUUGGUUAGGAAAAGUGAUGCAAGUCUUGCCAUUCGUAAUUUUAUUGCUAGGUACCUGGAGCAGUUCUUUGUGUCUAAGGGUAUCAAGCAUACUUAUACAGUUCCUCAUACUCCUCAACAAAAUGGUGUUGCUGAGCGAUUGAAUCGCACAUUAUUUGUGUUGAGCAUGCAAUGUUGUCGCAGACUAGUGCAAUUGAUAAUGCACGUUAUGGGCCGCACUUCGGCUUAUAUUAAUCUUACUUCCUCUGAAAAACUCACUCCUCUCAACUAUCAUGUCUGGGCUACCAAAAUUCUUUUGGGUCUUCGUGCUAUGAAUAAUGGUGUCCACCUUUAUGUCGAAGCUGGUACUGUCAAUCCAGCUGCUAAUGAAUCCCUUGAAGACCUCACCGCCUCGCUUGAUACCGUCGUCCAUGAUGUCAUCCUCAACAACAUUUCUCCUGAGUUGAUCGAACAUGUUAAUGAUGUGGCCAUUAGAGGCCGUGACCUCUGGCUUUAUCUUCAUCAGGAGUAUAGUCAACUUCAACCCGCCGAUGUCAUCUCACUUAUGAAAUCCCUCUAUGCUGGCAAUAUUGAUGUUGGUCCAAAGUUUGUUUCUUCUGUUCGUUCAUAUGUUGCUACAUGGCGUUCCAUCUACCAAUCAUUGUCGCCUGAUUCGGUUGUGGCCUUCAACGCUUUGGCCUCAAUGGGUCCCAAUUGUGAGCGCUUCAUCCAGUACGCCUUGGAGCACCGCUUUGAUAGUAACAACAAUACUGACAACCUUGAUAUCAACAACUUCAUCCGGAACACUGAUAAAUGGGCCAAGUUGUUGAAGAUUACUGGACCUCCAGCUACUCUUUCGACUGAAGCGUUCGUUGCUUCAUCAAAGAAGUACAAUAACAAAUCUAAGGGUGAUGGUAUUAAAUGUUUCCGUUGUAAGAGGCGUGGUCAUACUUCCAACAAUUGUCAUGUCUCUUGGGAAGAGGUUCAGGCUGCUCGCCAAGAUAAUAAGGAUGACAAGGAAUCUAAGGAGGCUAAAACCUCAAGAGGUUGGUUUGCUGAGACUAUUGAUGAAUUUUCUGAGAUAGUUGAUGAUGAUCCAUUUGUGAGUUCCGCUUUUGUGUCCGAGACAUCUGUUGUUUCUGAAAAGUUUGGUAACAGUUGCUCCGAGUCGUUUGAUGAUUUGGAAUCCGAACUUUUUGAUUCUUCUGAGCCGUGUGUCGGCGAUGAAGAUUGUUUUGUUGGUCAAGUUUCUGAGUAUUGUUCAAACUCAGGACUUGAUAUUGAUUCAGUUGGUAAACCGUUUGUUAGUUCCACUGAUGAUUCUUGUUUUAAUUCUGAACCGUAUGUCGGUUCUACUGUUGUUUGUUUGGAGUCUGAACCGUGUGUCAGUUCAGCUCCUAUUUGUUUUGAUUCUGAACCGUUGGUCGGUUCUUCUUUUAUUUUUUGUUCUGAUUCUAAACCGUUGGUCGGUUCUGAUGAUGAUAUUGCCUUACCUUCUUUUGAUUUUUUGGUGGAUUCAAUUACUGAACCUUCUCCGCCUAUUGUUAAACCUAUUGUUACACCAAAAUCCCGUUUUUCUCCAUUCUUUUACUUAUCUUUUGUUACCAUCAUGUUGUUUUCCUUGAUUUUAAUUGUCGUCUGGCAUCCUUCUUCAAUCUUGAAUUUAAGUCAUUCAGUCCAUCACGUUUUUGUUGCUGAAUCUACUACUUCUGCUGAGGCCAACUUAGUUGUUGGGUCUGAUUCUUUUGACUUUAUCCAUGAUACCGGUGCUACCAGUCACAUUUGCAAUAACAUCUCAUAUUUUUCUUCUCUUCGUCCCACUUCGGCUACCAUUCGUGGUCUUGGUUCUGCUACUGCUGAGGGGGUUGGCGACAUUGUCGUUGAUCUUCUUGGUAAAGAUGACCAGCCUUGUGACCGCGUUGUUCUUCGAGAUGUUUUAUAUGUUCCUAAGAUUCCUCGCAAUUUAUUUGCUGCUCGUCGAGCUACUGCUGGUGGUUGUCGGUUCAUUCAAGACCUUAACCAUAUUUCUGCUGUCGAAAAUGGCAAAACUCGAGUCCACGCCAUUGCCAUGGGUGACUUGUACUUUUGUCGUUUCCGAGUUGUUUUGCCUUCCAAGCCUGUCCAUGAGGUGUUUGCUGUUGAGUCGUCUGCCAAUCUUUGGCACAAGCGACUUGGUCACGCCAGUGUGGACGUUCUCAAGAAAUUAUCUAAGUCACUUUCUGUCAAGCCUACUCAUUUUGAGGUUGUGGAUAGUCAUAAGUGUGACGCUUGCUUGGGUGGCAAAGCCACAGCAUUGCCAUUUAAUGGUACCACAGAAAAAGCUAGUCGUCCUUUGGAGUUAUUUGUUUCUGAUUUAAGCGGUCCUCAUGUCGCUACCCCUGUGGGUCAUCGUUAUGUCUUAACCAUUAUGGAUUAUUAUUCCAGGUACUCUUAUGUGGAGUUGUUGGUUAGGAAAAGUGAUGCAAGUCUUGCCAUUCGUAACUUUAUUGCUAGGUGUGAAUCUUAUUUUUCUGGUGAUUCUGCUGGUGAUCGAGUUGCAUAUUUUCAUUCUGAUAAUGGCGGCGAAUACAUUUCCAAAGACCUGGAGCAGUUCUUUGUGUCUAAGGGUAUCAAGCAUACUUAUACAGUUCCUCAUACUCCUCAGCAAAAUGGUGUUGCUGAGCGAUUGAAUCGCACAUUAUUUGAAAAAGCCAAGUCUAUGCUUUUAUAUGCUCAUGCUCCUGAAUACUUAUGGGGUGAAGCUGUCAAGUCUGCUAAUUAUAUUAGGAACCGUCUUCCUAGUCGUACCACUGGUGGUGUUGCACCUCUUCAACUUUGGACUGGUAAACCUCCUAGUUAUCACCAUAUGAAGGUAUUUGGUUGUCAAGCUACAGUUGUUCUUCCUGGUGCUAAAAGAGAAUCUAAGUUAAGUUCAAAUACUGAAGCUGGUGUUUUUGUUGGGUAUUCUUUGGAUCGUACAGCUUAUCGAGUUCUUCUUGAUUCAAGCAUUGUUGAAGCCAGGAGUGUUUACUUUGAUGAGUCCAAGUUUCCAUUUAUGAAAAGUGAUAAGGACUUGUCUAUUAAUGGUACUGGUGUUGGGUUUAGUGUUGGGUCUAGUAUUGGUUCUGGUUCAGGGUCCAUGUCAGGACCUUGUUUUGAUUCUAAGGGGACUGGUUUAGGAUCUAAUGUUAGGGUUAAUUCUAUUGCUAGUUCUGAUUCAAGUUCUGGUUCUAGUUUUGGGUCUCAUAGAUCUUUACCAGCAUCCUCAUCUGGUUCUGGUUCUAUUUGUGCGUUACCGUCUCCGUCUCCGUCUUCUUCUCCGUUUCAUUCUCCGUCGCCGCCUCCUUCUUCUUCUUCUUCUAUUAUUGUUCAUAAGCCUCGUUCUGUUCGUCGCAUUUUGUCUACACCUUCUGCUCCUCUUGAGUCUCCUACUCUUCCUUCUAUUGCUUCAGUUCCAUCUCUUCCUAGUUCUCCUAUUCUUCCACCUUCAGAUCAUGAUGUCUCUAUCUCUCCUGACUCUAGUCCUAUUAUUUCUUCUUCGGAAUAUAUUCCUUCACAAUUAGACUUAUCUGAAGCUGGUCCAUCUAUUAAUGAAUCUGAUAUUUCAGGUGAUUCUGGGAUCUCGCAACGAGGGGGUGAUAUUGGGUUUCAACCGUCUAUCAUUGCUUCGUCUCCCACUCCACCACCUUCUGUUGAAUUGGAAGUAGUGCCACUUAGUCAAGAAUCUCCUUCGUCUGAUCUUGUUAAUUCUCUUGACCAAGCUGGUGUUAGUGUUGUCACUAAGGAUGAUACUCAAGCUGUUUUGCCUAAAUCUCGAUCUCGUGUUGUUGCUGUUCGUUUACCUUCUAUAACUCCUGCCAAACGCCCGAGUUCUGAUGACAUUGUUUCACCUCCUUCUAAACACCUUUGUGAAAAUUCUUUGAAACAAUCUCCAGUGUCUGCAACACCUGCAAAACGUCCAGCUGAAGAAGAGUGUAUUUCUUAUCGUCGUCUCAAAUCUCUCCGCUUUGAGAAAGCUAUGUCUAGUGAAGAAGCUGAGUUUUGGCUUGAAGCCUGUGUUAUUGAAAUGUCGUCUCUUAAACGCAAUGGUACUUGGGAAUUGGUUGAUCUCCCACCUGGUCGCAAGGCUAUCAAUAGCAAAUGGGUGUUUAAAGUUAAGCGCAAAGCUGACGGUUCAAUUGAACGUUACAAAGCUCGUCUCGUGUGUAUUGGAUUUUCGCAAGUUGAAGGUAUUGAUUAUACUGAAACUUUUGCUCCUGUUGUUCGUUACGAGACUGUGAGGAUUGUUCUUGCUAUUGCUGCUCAGUUUGGGUUCCAGGUUCAUCAUAUGGAUGUCGAGACUGCAUUUCUUAAUGGUGAUCUCAAAGAAGAUAUUUAUAUGAGACAACCUAAAGGCUUUGUUGUCAAAGGUCAGGAAUCUAAAGUGUGUCAUUUGAAGAAGUCUUUAUAUGGUUUAAAGCAAGCUCCUUUGUGUUGGAAUGAGAAGAUUCAUGGUGCUCUUGUCAAACUUGGGUUUAUUCGUAAUGAAAGUGACUACGGUGUGUAUACCAAAGGAUCUGGGUCUACCAUGGUCAUUAUUGCACUGUAUGUUGAUGAUUUACUUAUUUCUGGCAAUUCUUCUGAAGUCAUUGCCAAAACCAAGUCGUCUUUGUCAUCUAUGUUUAAGAUGAAAGACUUGGGCCCAGUCGAGCAGUUCCUUGGCAUGAGAGUUAAGCAGUCACCUUACCAUAUUACUGUGGAUGUUUCACGUUAUAUUUUUGACAUGUUGGAGGAGUUUGGUAUGCAGAAUUGUUCAAGUGUCAAGACUCCUUUACCCACUCGUGAUCUUUCUGAUUUUUCCGAGUCUGACUCUGCUACCGAUGCCUCCAUGUAUCGCAGUAUUAUUGGAAAGCUGAUUUAUGCUGCUAAUUGUGCUCGUCCUGAUCUUGCUGUUGCUGUUAGCUUUCUUUGUCGAUAUAUGCAGAGUCCUAAGUCUAUUCAUAUGGAAGCUGCUAAGCAUACUCUUCGUUAUCUUAAGGGUACUGCUGAACUUGGUCUUGAAUAUCGAGCUCAGAAAGUCUACAAGCUUGUUGGUUAUAGUGAUGCCGACUAUGCACAGGACAAGCAGGACCGUAAGUCAUUUACUGGGUAUGUUUUCAUUCUGUCUGGUGGUCCCAUUACUUGGGCUUGUCGAAAGCAAGUUAGUCCUGCAUCGUCCAGCGUCGAGUCUGAGUAUAUGUCAUUGUCUGAUGCGUCUAAGGAAUGCUUCUGGAUUAAUCAGUUGUUGUCCCUUUGCAAGAUUCCUGUUCCGUUGCCAGUGACUAUGUUUGAGGACAAUCAGGGAUGUAUUGCUUUGGCUCAGAACCCAGUGUUUCAUCGUCGCACCAAGCAUAUUGAUGUUCGGUAUCAUGUUGUCCGUCACUAUAUUCGCAGUGGAGUGAUUCAUCUGGAGUAUCUUGAUACUCAAGUGAUGUUGGCAGAUAUGUUUACUAAGAAUCUUGGUCGUGUGAAGUUUGAGACAUUGAGGGGACUACUUGGUAUGAAGGCAGUAGGUGAUUCUGCGACAAGGGGAGGUGUUGAGCAUGCAAUGUUGUCGCAGACUAGUGCAAUUGAUAAUGCACGUGAGUUUGGGUGGGAAACUAUGGUUGACAAUCUAUGUUUAUUUUAG